UUCUCAAAUAAUAUAAUAAAUACUAUACUGUCCCCAGCUCGAUCUGUAACUGUAAUCUGUAUCGCUCCAUAUUCAACAACAAUGGAGUACGUUAUCAGCUCAUGUAAUUUUAUCGUUCUCGUCAAGUUAAGCACUCUUAUCUUCUUCUUCCUACUCGGAAAGGGCUCUUCAGUUUCCUUCAGCUUCCCCAGUUUCCCUCCAAACUUAGUCAACAACGGCAUUGAUGUUGAGAAGUCCGCCUUCUUUACACCCGACGGUGUUCUUCAACUCACACGGAAUGAAAUCGGUGCUUCUCUUAUAGAUGGAAUUGGUCGAGGAUCGUACAGCAAGCCGGUUCAGCUCUUUGAUCCCAAAACAAAACUUCUUACAGACUUCACUACUAAUUUCUCAUUUGCCAUGAAUGGACUCGGGGAAAGCGAGACCGGAGACGGCUUGGCGUUCUUCAUUGCACCGUUCGACUCUAAAGUUCCGAACAAUUCACAUGGCGGAAACCUCGGACUGAUAAGUGAAAAUUUUUCGAAUGAUUCAAGAAGUACUAAUCCUUUUGUCGCCGUGGAGUUUGAUACUUACGAAAAUGAUUGGGAUCCCAGCGCUAAUCAUGUUGGUAUAAAUGUCAAUUCAAUUAGAUCAAAUACAACUGUCUUAGUGAAAACUAGCAUGAGAGAUGGAUCCAGAAAGGCAAAAGCUUCUGUAAGUUAUAAUUCUGCUUCUCAAAAUCUAAGUGUGCUCCUCAGUUAUGAUGGUAAUGCUACAAUAAGUGGUGAAAACAUUAGCCUUUCAUUAGUAGUAGACUUGAAGUUCUUAGGGGAACAUGUAAGAGUGGGUUUCUCUGCAGCUACAGGUUUUCGGGUUCAAUUACAUCAAGUUUACUCUUGGUCAUUUAACUCAACCUUGGAGAUUAGCACUAAUAAUACCAACUCGAGCUCGGAAGCUCCUAGACCGAGCUUCAAUGCUCCUAAUCCAACCUCGGAAUCUACCAAGGGGGUAGGAAAAGGUCAACAAGUAUCAAAAAUUGGUUUGGGUUUGGGCGUGGGUUUUGGUAUACUAUGCUGUGGACUAGGUUUGGUAUGGUUCGUGUUUUGGAGAAAGAGAGUUGACAGGGAAGCAGAAGCAAAAGAGGAAGAAUAUGAUACUUCAAUCGAUGGUGAAUUCGAAAGAGGAGCUGGCCCUAAGAGGUUUGCUUACCGCGAACUAAGUCAGGCAACAAACAACUUUUCCGAAGAAGGGAAGCUUGGAGAGGGAAGCUUUGGAGGUGUCUACAAGGGCAUCUUAGGUGAAUCGAACACUGAAAUCGCCGUUAAGAAGGUGUCUAAAGGAUCAGCACAGGGAAAGAAAGAGUACAUUUCUGAGGUGAAAAUUAUAAGUCGUUUAAGACAUAGGAAUUUAGUUCAACUUAUUGGUUGGUGCCACAAAGGAGAUGAGUUUCUUCUUGUCUACGAAUAUUUACCAAAUGGAAGCCUUGACACCCACAUAUUUGGUGGGAAGCCCAUUCUUCCAUGGGAAAUAAGGCAUAAAAUAGCUCUUGGUUUGGCCUCAUCUCUUUUGUAUCUUCAUGAAGAAUGGGAACAGUGUGUGGUGCAUAGAGAUAUCAAGUCAAGCAAUAUUAUGUUGGAUUUAAACUUCAAUGCUAAGCUAGGAGACUUUGGGCUGGCAAGGCUAGUUGACCAUGAAAUGGGCCUAGACACGACUGUGGUAGCUGGAACAAGAGGUUACAUGGCCCCGGAGUGUUUCACUACCAGCAAGGCUAGCAAGGAGUCCGAUGUCUAUAGCUUUGGCGUGGUUACGCUUGAAAUCUGCUGUGGAAGAAGACCAAUCGUACUCAAUGAAGAAGAUCCAAAGAAGGUGAUGCUGGUGGAGUGGGUGUGGGAACUCUAUGGAAGAGGCCAACUUGUUGAGGCGGUUGACAAGGGACUUGUUAGUAUGGAAUGGAACGAUCGAGAGAUGGAGUGCGUGAUGAUUGUUGGGCUGUGGUGCUGCCAUCCUGAUCCAACAUGCCGGCCCUCCAUAAAGCAAGUGAUGAAUGCUCUUAAUUUUGAAGCUGCAUUGCCUAAUCUGCCGCCUACGCUGCCAGUGCCAAUGUAUUAUAUGCCUUCCUUCAGUAUUAGCUCUAGUGACACCUAUUCUUCAUAUUCCGUUGUUACAGGGAGUUCCACUACUGCUUCAACAACUUCAGCUAACUCUUCUACUUCUAAACCUCUGUUAAAAUUUGCUGAUGGUGAUUAGUUCUUUCUCAUAUUUAUCAUGAUGUUUUUUCAUU